GGAAGAAUAGACUGCGCCGUUGUGAAUUGAUAUGCCAGAAAGACAUUUGUUGGUGCUUAAACGGUUCUAAUAAAUAUUUGCGAAACUUUUUCCAACUUUUUGUGUAUACUUUUGUCGCCCAUCUAUAAUAUUCAAACCCUGAAAAGUCCUUGAGUGCUGCGCUAAUUUCAAUGGCAAACAACAAUAGACUUUCGCUGAAGUCUAUUAACAAGCGGAACCAGGAGGCGAUGUCGCAUUCACAAAUGAAUGCAUGGAUAAAUGUGGAAACGCUAAACAAUGGUAAUGGUCUACUCUUAUCACCGCCACACAACAAUUCGGCAAACAAUCACCAUCAACAACAACAGCAACAACAACGUAGUGCCAUGGUUGGAGUAGGCGCCGGUGCAGCAGCAGGUGGUGGUGGUGGUGUCAGCAGUGCUGGUGGCCCUACAAGCGGUAGCGGCAGUAUUGCAACUGGCGGCGGUGAACAUAAUAUACAAAUAACACAACCUAUCAGCGCACCCUCGUCGCCACUUGCAUCGCCGGGUGCUAUUAGUAGUUCGGCGCUCUUCUGCUUGCCGUCAAGUUCGUCGGGUGGUACAGCUGGCGGUAGCACCAGUAGCAGCGGCGGUGGUAGUGGCAGUGGUUCGUAUGUAUGUAAUGCUGGAGCAGCUAACCAGUCAAACAAUUCAACUGCGAAUGCGGUCGAUACGGCUGAUCCGAACUGGCAGGCCACAAAAGCGACGGUGCUCGAACGGAAUGCUGCUAUGUUCAACAAUGAGCUAAUGUCGGAUGUAAAAUUUGUUGUUGGAGGGGAAUUUGCAGAUUGCGUACAAACUAUACCGGCGCACAAGUAUAUCCUUGCUACGGGCAGUUCGGUGUUCUACGCUAUGUUUUAUGGUGGGUUGGCCGAAAACAAACAGGAAAUUAAAGUGCCUGAUGUGGAGCCAUCUGCGUUUUUAACGCUGUUAAGAUACCUAUAUUGUGAUGAGAUUCAAUUGGAACCUGAUAACAUUUUGGCUACGUUAUAUGCGGCCAAAAAAUAUAUUGUGCCACAUUUAGCACGCGCAUGCGUCAAUUAUUUAGAAGUCAAAUUGACGGCAAAAAACGCCUGUCUACUUCUCAGUCAAUCGCGUCUAUUCGAAGAGCCCGAGUUGAUGCAGCGAUGCUGGGAAGUAAUCGAUGCACAAGCCGAAAUGGCAAUUAAAUCGGAAGACUUUGUCGACAUCGACCUAAAAACGUUCGAAUCGAUAUUGUCGCGUGAGACGCUAAACUGCAAGGAGAUCCAUCUCUUUGAGGCAGCGCUCAAUUGGGCUCUGAAUGCUUGUCAGAAAAUGGGCAUUGAUGUCACACCACAGAAUAAACGAAACAUGUUGGGACAAGCAUUGCAUUUAAUACGCAUACCAACCAUGACUUUGGAGGAGUUUGCAAAUGGCGUCGCCCAAACGGGUAUACUCACAUCACAAGAGACUAUUGAUAUAUUUUUGCAUUUUACCGCACAAUCUAAACCGCAUUUAAGUUUCCCUACACGUGCACGUGCCGGUCUGAAAACACAAGUUUGUCACCGUUUUCAGUCAUGCGCUUAUCGCUCGAACCAAUGGCGUUAUCGCGGGCGUUGUGAUUCAAUACAGUUUUCAGUGGAUCGCAGAAUUUUUAUUGUUGGUUUCGGUUUGUAUGGUUCCUCAACCGGUGCUGCUAAUUAUAAUGUAAAAAUCGAAUUAAAACGCCUUGGACGCACCCUCGCCGAAAAUGACACGAAAUUCUUCUCUGAUGGCUCAAGCAACACAUUCCAUGUGUUCUUUGAGAAUCCCAUACAGAUUGAACCAGAGUGCUACUACACCGCCUCCGUGAUACUUGAUGGCAAUGAGUUGAGCUUUUUCGGUCAGGAGGGCAUGUCCGAAGUGUGCAUGGGCAAUGUAACAUUCCAGUUCCAAUGCUCAUCGGAGAGCACAAACGGCACUGGAGUGCAGGGUGGUCAAAUACCUGAACUGAUAUUCUAUGGGCCGACAAUUGUUACUGGUUUAAAUUCACCUACUAAUUCGCUGUGUGCUACACCAAUUGGUGCUGGCAGUAGCGGCAGUGGUGGCGUAUCGAAUGGCGGCGGUUUACACGUAAAUUGUGAUGACUUAUUGGGUAGUGGCAGCAGCGAAGUUGGUGGCAGCGGCAGUGGUGCACUGAGCGCAUGAGAAAUAGUGGAGUAUUGCAAGGACGAUGAAUUGGAACUCUUAUGAGAAGCUUGAGGAGAACAAAUAAUUGCAACCUAUGGUUUUUCAAUGUGAAAUUUAGUGUUAAAACUGAAAUGGAUUAAUAUGUAGUUCUUAGAAAGAAGUCAGCGAAUGGACAACCAAAUAAAUAAAUACAGGCAAUAUUUACAAAUAUGUACAUUAAACAAAUCAAAGCAUGUAUAAACACUUACUUUACGUUUAAGUUAAAAUCAAAUGAAUGACGUAAGCUGAUUAACAUUCAGACAACAUAAUUGAAUGAAAUUCGGAAUGAGGAGUAAAAACACAAAAAGGCAAUCAAAUUUGGUAAAACAGAUUCUAAAGGCAUAUUAAAAAACACUAAAACACACUUACAAAGACUUGUAGAAUGUAGUAUUUUGGAUUGAAAUUAAUACAAUAACCUGCGGAACAUAGUAAACGAACAAGCAAUUGCAAAUUACAUACCUACUUACAUAUGUACAUUCAUACAUUUGACA